AUGAGUUUGGAUUCAGAAGUUGACAAAAUUGUCCAGGAGUUCCACGUCUCGGAGGAGGUUCUUCAGAAAGGUGUUGACCGUUUCAUCGAGUUGGCCAAGUCCGGAUUGAACAGCGACGAGGACAAGUACGGGCUGCCAAUGAUACCCACCUACGUGACGUCCAUUCCCGACGGUAAGGAGAAAGGUGUUCUUCUUGCCGCCGAUCUUGGAGGAACCAAUUUCCGUGUUUGUUCUGUUCAGUUGAACGGAGACCACACUUUCAAGCUGAUCCAGCAGAAAUCGCACAUUCCGGCAGAACUCAUGUCUUCCACAUCGGACGAGCUGUUUUCGUAUCUGGCCAGCAAGGUGGAGGUGUUUUUGAAGACCCACCAUGAGAACUCCACAGAGACUAGCAACGGCAAGAAAUUCAAGCUUGGGUUCACCUUCAGUUUCCCAGUCACUCAAUCCGCCUUAAAUGCUGGUACUCUGCUUAGAUGGACCAAAGGGUUCAAUAUCCCAGAUUGUGUUGGCAAGGACGUUGUGAAAGUGUUCCAGAGCCAUCUGGAUGCCCUUAAAGUCCCGGUCACCGUUUCGGCCUUGGCAAACGAUACCGUCGGAACACUGUUGGCCAGAUCGUACACUGGAUCCAAUAAGGAGGGAACCACUCUUGUUGGCUGUAUUUUCGGUACAGGAACCAACGGUGCCUACAACGAGAAGCUCGAGAACAUCAAGAAGAUCCCUGACGACGUGAGAGAGAAGCUCAAGGCUCAAGGUGUCACCCACAUGGUUGUCAACACCGAGUGGGGUUCCUUUGACAACCAGUUGAAGGUGCUGCCUAACAGCAAGUACGACGUCCAGGUGGACGAACUCACCAGCAACAAGGGCUUCCACAUGUUCGAGAAGCGUGUUUCCGGUAUGUUCUUGGGAGAAAUCCUUAGACACAUUUUGGUGGACCUGCACUCUAAGGGAGUGAUGUUCACCCAAUACUCUGGCUACGAGUCUCUACCACAUAGAUUAAGAACCCCAUGGGACCUGGACUCGGAGGUACUGUCUCUGAUUGAGAUCGACGACUCCACCAAGUUGCAAGCCACGGAGCUGUCGCUCAGACAGUCAUUGAGACUGCCAACAACGGUGGAGGAAAGACUGGCGAUCCAGAAACUGACGCGUGCAGUUGCCAAGAGAUCGGCGUACCUGGCUGCGAUUCCAAUUGCUGCGCUGCUCCAUAUGACUGAGGCGUUUAAGGGACACAACAUCGAGGUGGACGUUGGUGCGGACGGAUCUGUGGUGGAGUUCUACCCAGGGUUCAGAACCAUGAUGAGAGACGCAAUUGCACAAACGCAGAUCGGCUCGCAAGGUGAAAGAAGACUUCACGUCAACAUCGCGAAGGACGGCUCGUCUGUGGGGGCAGCUUUGUGUGCAUUGAGCGAAAAGGACUGA